AUGGUCAAUCCCGGCAAGGUGCUCAAGGCGCGCAAGACGAAGCGGACGACGCUGCACGACAAGCACAAGAUCGAGCGCAAGGUCCGCGAGCACCACCGCAAGCAGCGGCGCGAUGCUCGGCGGGGCGUCGGCAAGGCGGGCCGGAAGAAGAAGGACCCGGGCAUCCCGGCCUCGUGGCCCUUCAAGGCGCAGCUCAUCUCGGAGCAGCAGGCCCAGCGCGAGGCGCAGCACGCCGCGCAGGCGGCCGCCCGCGA